UCCAGUGUGUGCUGAUGGAAAGGACGUUUGAAACCCAGCAUCUGCAAACUCACCGGGCAGCGCGAGUCACCCCGGACAGCACAUCUAGCUAGAUUUGCAGCGGGGGAAACAGCAGAAAGGGUCUAUUCUUGUUUUACUGGGGCUGUAGAGGGGGUUUAACCCUUUGGACAAUGAACAGUUCCCAAUUAAAAAAAAAAAGUCAGAGAAUCAUAGGAAAGUUGGGCUGGAAGCAACCUCUAGAGACCAUCCAGUCCAACCUCUUCUUUGAGGCAAGAUCAGCCCUAUGCAAACCCACUGUGGAAACCAUCAGCCCUCUCCAACCCAUGUGUGCAAACCCACGGUCCAAACCAUCAGCCCUCUCCAACCCAUCCAUGCAAACCCACUGUGGAAACCAUCAGCCCUCUCCAACCCAUCUGUGCAAACCCACGGUCCAAACCAUCAGCCCUCUCCAACCCAUCCAUGCAAACCCACUGUGGAAACCAUCAGCCCUNUCCAACCCAUCUAUGCAAACCCACUGUCCAAACCAUCAGCCCUCUCCAACCCAUCUAUGCAAACCCACUGUCCAAACCAUCAGCCCUCUCCAACCCAUCUAUGCAAACCCACUGUCCAAACCAUCAGCCCUCUCCAACCCAUCUAUGCAAACCCACUGUCCAAACCAUCAGCCCUCUCCAACCCAUCUAUGCAAACCCACUGUCCAAACCAUCAGCCCUCUCCAACCCAUCUAUGCAAACCCACUGUCCAAACCAUCAGCCCUCUCCAACCCAUCUAUGCAAACCCACUGUCCAAACCAUCAGCCCUCUCCAACCCAUCUAUGCAAACCCACUGUGGAAACCAUCAGCCCUGUCCAACCCAUCUAUGCAAACCCACUGUCCAAACCAUCAGCCCUCUCCAACCCAUCUAUGCAAACCCACUGUCCAAACCAUCAGCCCUCUCCAACCCAUCUAUGCAAACCCACUGUCCAAACCAUCAGCCCUCUCCAACCCAUCUAUGCAAACCCACUGUCCAAACCAUCAGCCCUCUCCAACCCAUCUAUGCAAACCCACUGUCCAAACCAUCAGCCCUCUCCAACCCAUCUAUGCAAACCCACUGUCCAAACCAUCAGCCCUCUCCAACCCAUCUAUGCAAACCCACUGUCCAAACCAUCAGCCCUCUCCAACCCAUCUAUGCAAACCCACUGUGGAAACCAUCAGCCCUGUCCAACCCAUCUAUGCAAACCCACUGUCCAAACCAUCAGCCCUCUCCAACCCAUCUAUGCAAACCCACUGUCCAAACCAUCAGCCCUCUCCAACCCAUCUAUGCAAACCCACUGUCCAAACCAUCAGCCCUCUCCAACCCAUCUAUGCAAACCCACUGUCCAAACCAUCAGCCCUCUCCAACCCAUCUAUGCAAACCCACUGUCCAAACCAUCAGCCCUCUCCAACCCAUCUAUGCAAACCCACUGUCCAAACCAUCAGCCCUCUCCAACCCAUCUAUGCAAACCCACUGUCCAAACCAUCAGCCCUCUCCAACCCAUCUAUGCAAACCCACUGUGGAAACCAUCAGCCCUGUCCAACCCAUCUAUGCAAACCCACUGUCCAAACCAUCAGCCCUCUCCAACCCAUCUAUGCAAACCCACUGUCCAAACCAUCAGCCCUCUCCAACCCAUCUAUGCAAACCCACUGUCCAAACCAUCAGCCCUCUCCAACCCAUCUAUGCAAACCCACUGUCCAAACCAUCAGCCCUCUCCAACCCAUCUAUGCAAACCCACUGUCCAAACCAUCAGCCCUCUCCAACCCAUCUAUGCAAACCCACUGUCCAAACCAUCAGCCCUCUCCAACCCAUCUAUGCAAACCCACUGUCCAAACCAUCAGCCCUCUCCAACCCAUCUAUGCAAACCCACUGUGGAAACCAUCAGCCCUCUCCAACCCAUCUAUGCAAACCCACUGUCGAACCUCUUAGCAAAACUCCAGUCAGCCCUAACACAACCACAAGACAUAAUGCCUCGACAUCCCUGUGCCUGUGCAGUGCCCUUAGG